AUGGAAAACUCAGAAGUUAGCAGCACUUUGUCCUUCAAAUGGGGUCCUCAAGAAUUAAACGCGCUAAGUGUUUGUGCAGUACAAUAUUUUACAGGUUCCUACGUAAGCUGUGCAACAGCUCUCAUGGCACUGUCCACAUCUGCUUUAAACGUACAACCAUCUGGAUGCUUCAUGGGUUAUUGUGAUUUUGUGCGAUGUCUCAGAAGUACCAAUUCGGCCAAUCUGUCGGAAAGCAUUAUUCAGUGUACUAGAGAAGCAAGAACAGGUGUUAAUAUAACAGUAGAUGCAGACAACGUUAGAUUUUAUACUAAUGUAACAUCUUGCAUACUGGCGAAAUCGAGAUGUGGUAAUUAUAAUCCAAUUACAGGAGAGCCUCAAAUCCCGGGUUAUACAACGUCGGGAAGUAGAGUCAGUAACGCGCUGCAGUUUUCAGCAACAGGAGAGCUAAGAAUUAUAUCGUUCUCCGCCAAUACUCCAGUGACAAAUUCUUUUUGCACUGCGUCCCCUAACUUAACACAGUCAUCUUGGCUCACAAAUGUUUGUUAG